UAGAGGACAAGUUAAAAAGUUUCUGGACUCAAAGGGUGCUCCUCCAAAGCUCCGGGCCGCCGGGCUACCCCUACUUGAAGCCGCUAUGCCCCUCUCCUGUGCCCGAGGUGGCCGCUGGGUGGCAGGCGAGGCCCGGGCCGACGGCGGUCCCACCGCACUGUCGCGAAGGCAGGCGAAGAACAGGGCCGCACUGAGUGGGGACAACUGGGCCCGGGCCCAGAGGACACGAAGGAAGGUGACAAAUGUGUCAUGCCUGGAGACAAGCUCCAGCGCCAGCCCUGCUAGAGACUCGCUCAUGUGCCAUGCCAAGGGCCUGGAUCAGGACACCUUCAAAACUUGUAAAGAAUACCUAAGACCGCUGAAGAAGUUCCUGCGAAAGUUGCACCUGCCCAGGGACCUUCCCCAGAAGAAGAAGCUGAAGCACAUGAAGCAGAGCCUUGUGGUCCUAGGGGACCACAUCAACACCUUUCUGCAGCAUUACUGCCAAGCCUGGGAAAUCAAACACUGGAGAAAGAUGCUCUGGCGGUUCGUCUCCCUCUUCUCGGAGCUGGAAGCAAAGCAGCUUCGCCGACUUUACAAGUACACCAAGAGCAGCCAGCCGGCCAAGUUCCUGGUGACAUUCUGCGCCUCGAAUGCGCCGGAGAGGUCCUUGCUGGCCGACCGGGAAGACAGUCUGCCCAAGCUCUGCCAUGCGUGGGGGCUGCACAGCAACAUCAGCGGCGUGAAGGAGCGGCUGUCCAAGAUGCAGACCCCAGGUCAAGGGAGCCCCCUGCCUGGGCAGCCAAGAUCCCAGGACCAUGUCAAGAAAGAUUCUUUAAGGGAGCUUUCUCAAAAACCAAAACUCAAGAGAAAGAGGAUAAAGGAAGCCCCAGAAACUCCAGAGACCGACCCGUAAGAAGACCAGCUGGGACAAAGGGCCCGCUUGUCCUGGCUCUCAGAGCACGGGGAAUGGAGACCAAAAAGGGAAAAGAAUUGUCUUUAUCAAAAGGAUUCUCAGGUCUUAAUUAGGAAUAAAUGAGGUGGGAAAUAAACAUUCUUAUGACAGUUCUACCUUA